GUUGUCGAUCAUUUUAAAAAUGUAGUUCUCCAAUUGAAAAUUAAGUUUUAAUCGGGUUUGGUCAAGUUGAGUUUAUUUUAUUCAGAAUCUAAUUGAAAUAUCACUAUCUAUCUUAUAGUGGAAAAUCAAAAUGAAGUGCUUUUCUUAUUUAAAUCAAGGUUUCAUGAUUACUGAAAUUAAUAAUAAAAUUAAUUACUGACUAGUAAACUAUAACUUAGUGAUGUCUAGGCUUUGCCUGAUUAGGCCGUUAAGGCAUAUGUAACUGUCAGGUUCAAAUCCUAAUCUCCAUCUCUUUAUCUAUUGACUUAAAAAAACUAUGACUUAGUGAUAUUAGUGAUAUAAAGUUGUUUUGUGGUUGUUAACUUUCAAGUUUGAAUUUCAAUUAAAACCAAAUAAAUCCAACUAAAAGUUUUAUUAAGUUUUUUAAAGAUAAAAAACACUUGAUUAAUUCAUCACCUCUAUAUAAUUUAGUAACCCACAGAAUGCACGCACUCUAUCCUCCUCCUACCCAACAGCUGAGGCAUGGCGUUCUCACUAAUUAAACAAUUGCCUUUCAUCCUUACCAGCUUCAUUGUAUUAUUAUUUUCUUCCAGUGUUGUCUUAGCUUCCGCUUCUCAUAAAUCAGCUGCCCAGAUAAAAGGACAAGAAGCAGAAGCUCUUCUCAAAUGGAAAGACAACCUUGACGAGCCCACUGAUUGCCUCCUUUGCUCUUGGAGUUUUGUCCCUCACAAUUCCACUACUCACACCAAAACUGACAUCAGUAGUUCCCCUUGCCAGUGGGUUGGGAUCACUUGUGAUGAGUCUGGAAAUGUCACACAUAUAAAUGUCUCUUUUAGUGGUCUGAGAGGUACUUUACAAUCCUUCAACUUCGCAUUGUUCCCUAAACUUAUCAGCCUUGACCUGUCGCACAACUUUCUCCAUGGAAGCAUUCCCUCCUACAUUGGUAACCUUUCCAAGCUCACUUACUUAAACUUGGCUGUCAAUAAUUUUUCUGGUAGCAUGCCAUCUGAGAUAGGUUUGAUGGCAAGUCUUCGCUACUUCCUUGUCUACUAUAAUCAGAUUACAGGAUCUGUACCCUGGACUAUAGGGAUGUUGAAAUCUCUCGUUGUGCUUGUUUUUUCUCACAAUAGUCUGACAGGUCCUAUUCCUGUUUCUAUAGGAAACUUGACCGAACUAAGUUUUCUAAACCUUCGUUGCAACAAACUUUCUGGUUCAAUCCCUUGGGAAAUUGGGAAGUUGGGGUCACUCGAUGUUUCUCUUCUGUCUCACAACAAGCUCACUGGUCAACUUCCUGCUUCCAUAGGAAGCAUGGGCAACCUUACCAUCCUACACCUUCAUGACAACGGACUGUCUGGUUCAAUUCCUGGGGAAAUAGGAAUGUUAAGAUCGCUUAAUUUGCUUGUUUUGACAAACAACAGUCUCACAGGUCCUAUUCCAGCAACUAUUGCUAACCUGAAAAGAUUAACUGGGCUUUACAUUGCAAACAACAAGCUGACUGGAUUCAUUCCCAAGGAAUUAGGAUCACUAACCUUUCUUGUUGAGCUUUCUUUGUACUCUAAUAGUCUUCAAGGUCUAAUCCCUGCUUCUAUAGGAAACUUGAGCAACUUGGACUUUCUAGAUCUUGGUUUCAACAGCCUUUCAGGAUCCAUCCCUCCAGAAGUUCUAUUUCUUAAAUCACUAAACUGGAUUGGACUGAAUGACAAUGGGUUAACAGGUUUAAUUCCUGCUUCUAUUGCAAAUUUAGGCAGUAUAAGAUUUCUAUACCUUUAUAAUAAUCAUCUUUCUGGAAAUAUCCCUCGAGAAUUGGGAAAGCUGCAAUCUCUUGUUGAGCUUGACCUGUCAUCAAACAAUCUUAGUGGUCCUGUCCCUGCUUCUAUAGGAAAUUUGAGCAACUUAACACUUCUGUACCUUCAUGUGAACAUGAUUUCUGGAUCAAUUCCUUCCAGCAUAGGGAACUUAAGCAAGCUCACAGAGUUGGAACUAUCGAUCAAUCAUCUUUCUGGCCAAAUUCCUCCAGAAUUAGGAAAACUCAAGUACCUUACUGACCUUAGGCUGUUCAUGAACGAUCUUAGUGGCCCAAUCCCUCAAGAAAUGAAUAAUUUUACAUCUUUAAAAUCACUGCAACUGGCUGACAAUUUGUUGUCCGGACAUAUACCCCAAAAUCUUUGCCUUGGCGGAGCGCUUGAAAUUUUUGUCUUAGGUAAUAAUAGUUUCGUGGGUUCCAUACCAAAAAGCCUGAAGAAUUGCACAAGCUUAAUCAGAGUUGGGCUUGAAAGAAAUCAACUGGAUGGACACAUAUCAGAAGAUUUUGGCAUAUACCCAAACUUGAAGUUCAUUGAUCUGAGCUACAAUAAGUUGCAUGGUGAGCUUUCAAAAAACUGGGGUCAUUGUCAUAAUCUAACCCUCUUGAAAUUUUCCAACAACAGAAUUUCUGGUGGGAUACCACCUGAGGUUGGGAAAGCAAAUCAAUUGCAGGUACUUGACCUUUCCGAAAAUUUUCUGGUAGGGAAGAUUCCCAAUGAACUAGGGGAAUUGAAGUUGUUGUUCAAUCUUAAAUUGAACAAUAACAAACUUUCAGGAAAUAUUCCCCCAGAAAUUGGAACGUUAUCCAAGCUUACUGAUCUUAGCCUUGCAGCGAAUGAUCUCAGAGGACUGAUUCCAGAACUGAAAGACUUGUCAAAACUGCAGUUCUUGAACUUAAGCAAAAACAGGCUCAGUAAAAGUAUUCCAUUUCAAAUUGUCAAGUUCAUCUCUCUUCAAAUGCUCGAUCUAAGUCACAAUUUGCUUGAAGGAGAGAUACCACUGGAGCUUGGAUAUUUGCGUAACUUGCAGACGUUAAACCUCUCCCAUAAUGAACUAUCGGGCUCCAUCCCCUCCACUUUUGAUGAAAUGUUGAGCUUAACUGUUGUUGAUAUCUCCUUCAAUCAAUUAGAGGGUCCACUUCCCAACAAUAAAGCUUUUAGCUGGGCGCCAAUGGCAGCAUUGACUAAUAAUAAAGGUUUAUGUGGCAACAGUUCUGGUUUUACAGCUUGCCCUUGUACAAAGAUCAGCAGAAUGUGCAGAAAAGAUGGCAGGAAGGCAAUUGUCUUGAUUGCAGUUCCUCUUUCAACCACCUUAACCCUUGUAUUUGUCAUUUCUGGUGUUCUUGCUAUUGUUGGCAAAAGAGCCAGGAUCGUAGAUGAAGCCAAAGAAGCAGGAAAUGAAAACAUAUUUGCAGCAUGCAGCUAUGAUGGGAAAAUGGUACAUGAAAACAUAAUUGCAGCAACAGAGCGAUUCAACUCCAAAUAUUGUAUUGGAGUGGGAGGAUGUGGGACUGUUUACGAAGCAAAGAUUUCAACUAAUCAAGUUGUUGCUGUGAAGAAGCUUCACCGGUUUGAGGGGAGUGAAAUAUCCAGCUUAAAGGCUUUUACAAGUGAAAUUUGUGCAUUAACCAAAAUUCAACAUAGAAAUAUUGUGAAGCUCCUUGGUUUCUGUUUACAUUCACAGCACUCAUAUUUGGUUUAUGAAUACCUUGGAGGAGGAAGCUUGGGAAAGAUACUUCAGGAGAAGGUAAAAGCUGAGGAGUUGAAAUGGAUCACGAGGAUAAAUGCUGUGAAAGGGGUGGCCAGUGCCUUAUCCUAUAUGCACCAUGACUGCUCACCUCCUAUUGUUCAUCGUGACAUAUCAAGCAACAAUAUAUUGAUGGAUAUGGAACAAGAGGCUCACAUCUCCGACUUUGGUACAGCAAGGAUUUUGACUUUAGACUCAACACAUACGACAUCUUUUGCUGGUACCUUCGGGUAUUUGGCUCCAGAGCUUGCCUACAGCAUGGAAGUAAAUGAGAAGUCCGAUGUGUACAGCUUUGGAGUGGUAUCACUGGAAGUGAUCAUGGGAAGGCAUCCAGGGGAUAUAAUCCUGUCUCUAUCAACAUCAACACUAUCAGCUACCUGCCAAAUUCUCCUGAAAGAUAUAUUGGACCAACGCCUCCCACAACCCACAAAUAAAGAAGCCGCAGAAAUACUUUCUAUUGUGCAAUUAGCAUUUGCUUGCCUUCAUGCCAAUCCAGCGUCUCGGCCAACCAUGCAACAAAUAUCGCAAAAACUCUCGGUGCAAGUGCGAGCUCUGUGGAAGCCAUUGCGAAUGUUCAGUUUAGGAGAGCUUUUGUGAUUUUACGAUUUUCCAUUUGCUGAAUAAUUGAUGUUUUUUGCUUUCCUCUUCAUCUUCCCUUUUCAAUUCUUGUUUUGAUUGAUCUUGCUUUGAAACAAUGACCAGAGCUACAUGGAUUAGUAAACUUUGUUCUCCUAUUUGAGUGAAGCUCUUCUCAUUUGAUUUAUUUUACAACUCUAAACAACAUUAGAUUCAGAGACCUUCCCAUGUACAUUUUCCCAGGAUCAGCUAGCAAAGAAUAUUAAGGCUUCUUUUUAUUAUUAUAUUCUGAAA